AUGGGUCACUCCUCUUGGCUCCCGACAUGCUCCCCGUGGUCCGCGUUCGCGACGCUGGCCACCGUCAUGACCAGCGUUCUGGUGCUCAGCUACGUGUCGAGCUCCUUCCUCGGCCAGCAACAAGCGGCGUACGAGUACGACGGCCCCCACAGCCCGGACGCCGGGCUGUCCGCGGCGGCGGCGGCGACGGUGCCGACGCUUAGGCGGGGGCCCGGGUACCCGCCGGUGCUCGCGUACUACAUCACGGGCGGGCACGGGGACUGCCUCCGGGUGACGCGGCUGCUCAAGGCCGUGUACCACCCCAGGAACCGGUACCUGCUGCACCUGGAUGCCGGCGCCGGCGCCUACGAGCGCGUGAGGCUGGCCAGCUACGUCCGGUCGGAGCAGGUGUUCCUCGAGUACGGCAACGUGCACGUCAUCGGAAAGGGGGACGCCAUCGACGGCCGUGGCCCGUCCGCCGUCGCCGCGGUGCUACACGGCGCGGCCGUCCUGCUGAGGAUCGGCGCGGAGUGGGACUGGCUCGUCACGCUGGACGCCGCGGACUACCCGCUCGUGACGCCGGACGACCUGCUCUACGCCUUGUCCUCUGUGCCGAGGGACCUCAACUUCAUCGAUCACAGGGCCGAUUCUGAAAACCAUCACGUGGUUGUUCUCGACCAAAACCUUCUGCAGAGCACGAACGCCGAGAUCUCCUUCUCGUCGGGGCACCGGGAGAAGCCCGACGCGUUCGAGCUCUUCAGAGGUUCUCCCUGGCCGAUACUGAGCCGGGCGUUCACCGAGCACUGUGUGGCCGCGCCGGACAACCUGCCCCGGACGCUGCUCAUAUACUUCAGCAACACGCUCGAGGCCAGGGAGUUCUACUUCCAGACGGUCAUGGCCAACUCGCCACGCUUCAGGAACAGGACUGUCAACCACAGCUUCCGGGUCGACGUGCCGCCGCCGCAGGACGCGGACCAGAAGGCGCGGUAUGACGCCCUGGUGAGCAGCGGUGCGGCCUUCGCCGGGCGGUUCGGCGACGACGAGGCGCUGCUGCAGAGGAUAGACGAGGAGGUGCUGCGGCGCCCGCUGGACGGCAUCACGCCGGGCGAGUGGUGCGCAGUGGGUAGCGGCGAGGACGGCGCGGGCGAGUGCUCGGUCGGGGGCAACAUCGAUGCUGUCAGGCAGGGCGCGCCGGGGAGGAAGCUGGCAGGCUUGAUGGCCGGCCUCGUGGGGACCGGGCCGUGCGACGGAUGCAACAGCUAG